AAUUGUAAUAGAUCAUUAUCAAUCUCAGUAGAAAUAUGAUUUACAUUGGUGAUAAAUUACUUUUUAAGUGAUUAUUUAUAAAUAUAAAAUCAUUGACAUUAUUAGUAACGUAAAUUUCAUAGGGAAAGAAACUUUUAGGGAAGUUACAAAAAAUCCUUGCCAACAAAAAUUCUAGAAGCUUUUAUUAUCAAUGUUGUCAUCCAUUGCCAUCCGCGUCCAUUAUAGUAAUGGCAUCAAGUACUUUAUUUUUUAAUAUUUUUAUUGAAUUAAAUGUUAUAUCGGGGUUAUUCCUCGAUUUCAGAAAUCAAGAUAUACAAAACAGAAGAUUAUUUUCAAGUGUAAGGUACGAGUGAUUCAUCAUAUUGAUAUUUUUUCAUAAUAUUACGGCUAAUAUUAUACGGCUAACCUAUACAAAAAUGUGACAACCACGCUGUCAGUUGUUUUUUUUAUUGUUAAUCAAGAGAUUUAAUUAAGCAUCAUAUUAUAGUGCACAUAAGUAAUACAAUUUCAUAAAUGAACACAUCCAAGGAUUCAACAGAAGAACAAGAUCCGGAAUAUAUCACAACAGAACCAACUGAAAAUAUCCAACAACAACUCUAUGAAGAAAUAGCACGAAAAAAUGCAUCUGAGAAAAUAAAAGAAAUUAUUGACAAGGAAUUUUCAAGAGAAAUUGACGAAAAAGAAGAAGAACUUUUAUUAAUACAAGAUCGUUUACAUAGUGCAUUAAAAACACUACAUUUGUUACGAUAUGUAAUAGUAACAGAUUACUAUAAUCGUAAACAAUGUAUUGCUGAACAAACAGAUGAACUGAAACAAACAAGAAUACAUCCUGCAAUAAAAGAACUAUUAGGAAAAGCUCCAAGAAAAGAUGAAAACUAUAUAUUCGAUCCUUCUAAGCCCUCUACAUCAAAAGAAAGUUUUUGUUUUGAUGAAACCUUCUUAGAAAAUGACUUAGAUGCUAAAAAUGUUUCAGAUAAUAAGCAUUUUAUUAUAAAGAAUAACGUAAAAAAAGAAAAAAAUGUUUACUGUAAAAGAGAAGUAAAUAAAAAUGAAGAAUUGGAAGAAAAUUAUGAAAAUAAACAUCAAAGAGAGUGUCUGAGAAAUAAGGACAGUAAAAAUUAUAAUUCGGAAAGUGGUGAAAACUUUAGAAAAAAAACUCUGAAUGAAUACGAAAGUGAUGAAGGUCCACCAAGAAAAGUACCUCGUUACAUUCCACCAAAAAGUAAACUUCCAGAAUCUCCAGCUCCUUCACGAGGUGUUCAUCAUAAAGUCAGAAAGAGAAUUGUCGUGGGUAAUAUAUCUAAAUGGAUACCACCAGAGUGGCGGGAAGAUGCAGCGAGUCAUAAGUGGACAAUGUAUGUCCGAGGAAGUAAAGAAGAAGAGUAUGAAAUUAGUGAAUUUGUGUCUAAAGUGCGCUUCUUUCUUCAUCCAAGUUAUCGACCAAAUGAUGUUGUUGAAGUAACAUCUGCUCCGUUUUAUCUGUCACGACGUGGCUGGGGAGAAUUCCCUUUGAGAGUUCAAUUACAUUUUAAAAAUCCUUUAAAUAAACCAAUGAAUAUUAUUCAUCAUUUAAAGUUGGAUCGCACGUACACAGGACUUCAAACUCUAGGUUCAGAAACGGUAGUUGAUAUUUGGAUUAAAAAUUCCGAGUUUAUUGAGUCUAAAAUUGAAAAUUGUGAUGAUAAUGAUAUUUUAAAAAAUAAAAAAUCUAAUAAUGAAAUAGAGUACGAUAACAAAUUGUGGAAGGAACAUCUUCAUGAAAAUUAUCACCAUGUUUUUAUGGAGCAUGAUUAUACAAAAAACAAUAACUUUUACUUUGAAUGUACAGAUGUUGAUAAUAACGUAACAAUAGCACAUUCCCCAGAAAAAAGAGAAGAAAAAUGGAAGAAAGUAAAUUAUACAAAUUGUUCACUUGUGUCAAAUAUAAGUAGAAAUGAUGAAUCUGUCGAAGAAUCUGAACAUUGUGAAAAAUACAUCACAAAUAAUAGUAAUAAUUCAAACAAGAGUGUAACGGAUGAGUUGAUAGAAUCUAAGGUAAAAAAUGGAUUUUCCGAUUAUUUUAAAAUGGAUAAGGAUUCGAAAUGUAUUUUAAAAUCAAUGCAAAAUAACUUGGAAACAUUAAAACCAUUGAAAAUAGAAAUUCCUUCUCCACUUGAAUUAUUAAAAAAUUCCAGAGAAUCAAAUAAAUGUUUAUCAAAAAAAAUUGUUCUCGUAAAUGAUAAUAGAACAAUUUCAACGAAUGCCCAAAGUUCUAAUAAAAAUAUACGACCUGUGAAAAGUGUUAGUUUACUUAAAAAUUCAAUCAAUAGUGCAAAUAACAAUGUUAAAAAAAAUAAUUUUAUCAAUAUACAAAUAAAUCCAGCAAAAAGUGUUAUGUUGGACACAAAUUCAUAUACUCCAGCAUUACAAAUCGCUCAUCCUUUACAUGUCGAUGUAAAUAAUACUGAAAAAAUGAAUAAUCGUAAACAAAAAAUAGUAAUAGGGAAAGAUAAAUUAAAAAUUUGGUCGAGAAAAGAAGAAUUUGAAAAAAUUAUUAAGGAAAUAAUUAAUGUAAGAAUUAAAGAGACUGAACCUUUAAUGCGAUUUAUUUUACGCAGAAUUCCAAUUAUUACUGAAAAUGCAUCUGAUGCAGAAUACAGAGAGAUGCAUCCUUAUGUACAUAAGAAUGAAAAAGAAUUUUUAGAUUUUCAUCCAGCUAAACAAAGAGCUCUUGAAUGGUUCAGAGCAAAAAAAGUCCAGUCUUACUUAUUGGAAAAAAAUAUUUCAGAAGAUAAAAUUUGGACAAUUAAAGAAAUUAUCUGGUGGUGUCGUCUUCAUGGUUACACACCAAUACAAAAUUCAAUUGUAAAUAUUAAUACUAAAUAUUCCAAAAGUUAUAAAAAGUUGGACAAUUUUGAUUUUUUCAAUACAUGCACUGAAUCAUCUCUUUUAAGAAAUUGGAUAGAAGAUUUUAGAGAUUCGAAAAAGAUAUUUACAUGCUUAGAUAACGAAAUUAUUGAUGUAGAAAGCAUUGGUGAUGAUAAUAAAAUUAACGUUACCGAAAAUGAUAACAAAACUCUUAUAAUGGAUGAAGAAAGCAAUUUAGAAGUUAUUCAAAUGCCGAAAACAAUGAUACCUAUGUAUUCAUACAUAUGUGGAACUGCAAGAAAAAUUGGAAUAACGAUUGGACCUGAAGAAAUUGUUCCAGGAGUUAGCGAUUGUACUUCAGGACGAAUUAUUAUUAAGGUUGUGGAAUGUCUUAUGCAGGACUUGUUACGGCUUUCAUUAGCAAAAGCAUGGGAGAGAAACGAUGGAAAUUAUCCAGAUGUUAUCGUGAUAACUGAUGUACGUAAGGCAAUUUUAAGUCGUGAAGAGUUUGAUAUUUUUACAAAUGCGGGCCUUGGAUCUUCAACAAUUCAGUAAAAUGAUUGAUUAUGUAUGCCAAUUAAUAACUUAUAAUCGAUCAUUUAUGGUGAUGAAGUUGAUCUCAAUUGUCUUUAUAUCGGAUAUUAUAAAAAUUUUUUUUUUUUAAUAAUUUUUGAAGGAUUCGUCAAAAUAAUGAAAUUAUGUAAAACGUUUUAAGUCUUGAAGAUAAUGAAUUUCGUUUAUUGCUGGUGAUUUUUAUAAUUAUCUAAGUAAUUGAUUAAUAUUUAUACUAUUUACAUUAUUACUGCCGUAUUGCAUUGUGAAUCAUUUUGUGUAAAAAAUAAAAAAAUGAAAAUAAA